GCUGCCAGGACAGGGCCCGCGUCGGUUAAACCGGGCUGGAGACUGGAGCGGCUAGAUAGGUGGUGUGGCUCGCAGUCCGAGCCGGCGGAGCGACCUGCAGGAGACCUGCGGCGGGCCGCGCCAUGCCCACUCGGGCGGAGGACUACGAGGUGCUGUACACCAUUGGCACGGGCUCCUAUGGCCGCUGCCAGAAGAUCCGGAGGAAGAGCGACGGCAAGAUAUUAGUUUGGAAAGAACUUGACUAUGGCUCCAUGACAGAAGUUGAGAAACAGAUGCUUGUUUCUGAAGUGAAUUUACUUCGUGAACUGAAACAUCCAAACAUUGUCCGUUACUAUGAUCGAAUUAUUGACCGAACCAACACAACACUGUACAUUGUAAUGGAAUAUUGCGAAGGAGGGGACCUGGCUAGCGUAAUUACAAAGGGAACAAAGGAAAGACAAUACUUAGAUGAAGAGUUUGUUCUUCGAGUGAUGACUCAGUUGACUCUGGCCCUAAAGGAAUGUCACAGACGAAGCGAUGGUGGCCAUACCGUGCUGCAUCGGGAUCUGAAACCAGCCAACGUUUUUCUGGAUGGCAAGCAAAACGUUAAGCUUGGGGACUUUGGGCUAGCUAGAAUAUUAAACCAUGAUAUGAGUUUUGCAAAAACAUUUGUUGGCACACCCUAUUACAUGUCUCCUUGUGGUCUGGGGGCCACCUACAUCGGGAUCCUGCAGGAGCUUGCUGGAAAUGCCAGAUCUCAGGUUCCACCACAGCUCUCACUGAAUGCAUUGAAUCAGAACCUGCAGUUUACCACGGCACCUCAGGUUAAGGGUCAGCCUAAAUACCAAAAUGGCUUUACUUUGGUCAACUUGUCUCCCGAGCCUCCCUUCACCACGUGGACUCAGCUCGGAGGAUCAAAGUCUGUUUGCUGCCCGGCCCCCGGAGGCGGGGGGGCGAAGAAGGCGCCGGAGACCGGGCCGAGUGCAGCUGCCGUGGCCGCCGCCUUUUUAGCUCUUCAGGCGUCGGCUUCCCGGUCCGAGCCACAGCGGAGGAGACGAGCGAGGGGAAGACCUGUGCGGAGAGCCCUGCAGAUGCUGGGAGCCUUCGUAGCGCGGAGCUGCCCGUCGCCCGCCCCCGCCGCCUGCCUGCUUCUGCUCCUGCUCCGGCUCUUCGUCCCCGGGCUCCGGGAGCCCCAGCGCCCCGCCGCCGCCGCCUCGGCCGCCUCGGCCUCUGCCGCCCAGCUGUGGGUGUGGGGACUGCUGGGGCUGAGCCGGGCCUCCGCGCCGGCUCUGAGCACCGACGCCUGA